AUGGUUGUCCAAUCCACAUAUGCACCAAAUGACAGCCAUCCCCACCUGCGCACCCUCAACUCCUGCCUUGCGCCCGUCUACUCGGUACUGGGCCGCUCCGUGAUCACCGCGGAGGGCCUUCCGGCAGCAGAGCCGUACGGCACGUCGCUGGUAGCAGGGCGUCUGUCCGAGUUCCAUGCGUCACAGUGCGGGUACUGCACUCCUGGGUUCACGGUCGCAUGUCACGCAGCACUGCACAACGCAGCUGCUGCUGCCGCUGAUGGUGGUGCCGCUGCCACCGCCAUGCCAGCUACUCCGGAUGACGGCUCGCUGCUGCGGGCGCUGGAUGGCAACCUGUGCCGGUGCACGGGCUACCGACCCAUUGUGGCGGCAUGCAGGAGCCUGGCAGCGGAGGUGACGGACAUCGAGGACCUGUGCCGCCGCCGUACGGCAGGCGCUACUGCGGCUGGAUCCAUCUCACCAGUCGCUGCUACUGCCUGCGGCAGCGGCACUGCCGACGUAACCAGCAGUGGCAGUAGCGGCAGUAGUGGCAGUUGCGGGGACUCCUCCUGUACGGAGAUCUCCCUGGGAUCUCGCCAGGUGCUCAAGGUACCCCGCUCCCUGGAGCAGCUGGUUUCGGAGGCAGGCCGCCUGGCAGCAGCCGCAGCAGGCAGGUCAACCCCCUCCUGGCGGCUGGUGGCGGGCCACACGGGGCACGGGGUGUUCAAGGACUGGCCGCUGGAGGAGGAGGUGCUGGUGGCGGUGGCGGAGGUUCCGGAGCUGCGGCGCUUGGAGAUCAUGGCGGCGAACGAUGGCCUUGUGAACUGUGAAGAAGCAACGUCGGCGAGGGAGGUGUCGUACCAUCUCCACAUCGGCGCCUGUACCACACUGGAGCGGCUGGCUGCCCACCUGGCGCAUAGGGCCCAGGGGGUGGCAGCGGAGGAAGAGGUAGCAGUAGCGGCGGUGGCACCUGGGGGAACCGGGGCCGACAACAACAGCGAUGUGGCGGGUACGGCAUUCGGUGUACGGCAGUGGGCGGCGGAGACGUCGGCCCAUUUGUACCGUAUCGCCGGCCGGCACGUGCGGAACUCCGCCACGGUUGGAGGCAACUUGGUGCUCGCCCGCGAGCGCUCCCUGCCUAGUGACGUCGCAACUCUGUUGGCUGCGGCCGGGUCGGAAGUGGAGCUGGUGGUGGUGUCAUCUGACCCAGAGACCCACGGGUCCGUCCGCCGCGCUGACCUGCUGGAGUUCGUCACCGGUGCCGCGCCCUCCCUACCGCCUGGCGCCUCCUACAUCCUGACGGCGGUGCGUGUGCCGCUGCCGCCAGCCGACCCACGGGUCAGAUUCUGGAGCCAUCGUAUCGCCGAGCGUUACAGCAACGCCGCUGCGGUGGCCAACGCCGCAGUCCUCGUCCGCCUGUCCGCCGCUGAAGAGGCAGAAGGUCCGCGGCCCGUGGUGGAGGAGGUGAGGAUCGUGGUGGGUGUCCGUACUCCUGGCGGCGGCGCUUCAGCUCCCGGUGCUCCACAUGAUUCGCUUUCGGAGCAUAACGCCGCUAAGCUGAAGGACGCGACAGUGGUCCUGCUGGACGGCUGGCAGUGCCUGCGCGCGAAGGCGGCGGAGGCGGCGCUCCGGAACCAGGCCGCCACCGCAGCCACCGUAGUGGCUGCACUGGAGGCCCUGGCGGCGACGGACCUGGCGGAGGUGACGGCUGCUGCUAGUGCUACUGCGGCGGCAGCAGGGGAUGAAGAAAAGGCAGUAGCCGCCGUGACCAUCGCGCAGGGACUGGUUGCACAGGGGCUUAUGGCGUGUCUGGGCCUAUCGCCAACGCCGCCGGCGGCGGAGAUUCAAGCGGCGCCGGGGGUGGACGUGAUCAAGGCCGCCGCCGGUGUGGAAAACGGCGACGGCGAUGGAGGUGCUGACUGUGUCCACGGCGCCGCCAAGGUUGCCGUACACGAAGGUGUCAACGGCGAUGCCGAUGGCGCUGCUGAAGCCGCCGUCAUCAUUAGCGCCAACGGACACGGCAUAACGGCACAUUCGCGACCGGAUCAGCAGCCGCAGCAGCCGCAGCAGCCGCAGUGCUCGUCCAUGUCGUCACCGCCACCGCGCCGCAUGCCACCCCCACCCUUGGUGGAGGGUCGCCAGUUCCUGACUGAUGCGGUUCCGGAGCUGCUUCCAGUGACUCAGCCCGUACCCAAACUGGGGUCUAAGUUGCAGGCGUCCGGCACGGCGCUGUACACCGAGGACGUGCCCGUACACCGGGGUGCCCUGUACGGCGCGUUCGUACUAUCGGCCCGCGCUUGUGGGCGGCUGGCGGGUAUCGACGCCUCUCCCGCUGUGUCCCUUCCGGGGGUGGUUCGCUUCCUGGGUGCCUCCGACCUGGCCGGGGUGGGUCCAGGGGGGGCGCUCAACGCUUGCGAGAAGCCUCCCGUGGGGGCCGGAGCUGCGGAGAAGACGUUCUUGGAGGUGGGCGGAAAGUGCGAGUUCGCUGGACAGCUGGUGGGCGUCGUACUGGCAGAUAGCCACGUGGCUGCGCAACGCGGCGCCAAGGCCGUACACUUAAUGUACGACACAUCGACUGAUGGCGACGCACCGCUGCUUUCCAUUGCGGAUGCCGUACGUGCGCGAUCUUUUUACCAGCUCCCAGGUUUGCUUCCUUCCUUUCCAAGCGGCAAUACAUACGGCGACAAGAACAGCGUUUUGUCAAAAGGCGGGUCUGACGUCGACAAAGUUCUGUCAACGGCAGCUGCGCCGGCGGCGGCGGCGCUAACUGCAGCAGCGCUUGGCGGCGGCGAGCGUGACGAAUCAACCGCCAUCGCAGGUGUGCCGGGCUCGGCGUCUCCACCGCCGCGGCCUUCCACUCUGCGUGUUGUUUGUGGCCGCUACUUUACCCCUUCCCAGCUUCACUUUUACAUGGAGACUCAGAGCGCGGUGGCCUGGCCCGACGAGGACGGCUGUGUGGUGGUGCACAGCUCGUGCCAGGGACCGGAUUUCGUACAGGGUGGAGUGUCCGCUGCACUUCAGCUGCCCCUGAACAAGGUGCUGGUGAGGUGCAGGAGGGUGGGGGGAGGAUUCGGAGGGAAGCUCACCUUCGCACGUCGAGUCGCCGUCGUGGCGGCGGUCGCGGCCGUCGCCACCGGUCGCCAAGUCCGGAUCUCAGUGCCUCGCAAUACUGACGCAGUAAUGUGGGGCGGCCGCUGCGAGACAGAUGUGUCGUACGUUGCCGUACUAGAUGAUUGCCCGGCGGAAGACGGCGAUCCCGACGCCAGCAGCAGCAACGUCCACGGCCAGCAGGAUCAGACGUCUUCACCUCAUCAACGGCGGGCGCCACCUCGCUUUCGUGCCCUGGACAUCCACGCGGUGAUGAUGGGAGGCGCCCAGAAGGAUAUCAGCUUCAUAGAUGCCAUGGGUAUGAUCGCGGCAGUGGAUAGCGUGUACGACAUACCCGCUUUCAGGCUGGAGGUUGCGCUGGCGCGCUGUAACCUGCCACCCCGUACGGCAGUACGGGGCCCCGGUGAGAUCAAUGCCACCAUGGUCAUUGAGCAGAUCAUGGAGCACGUGGCGGCCGAGCUGAAGGUGGAUCCAGAGGCCUUACGCGAGGCCAACUUCCUCAAGGCGCCGCCGCCGCCACCGCCGCCAUCACCAGAGCCGGACUGUGCGAAUGACGUGGCCACUGCCCCGGGUCAAGGGGUGGCGGCAGCGGCGCCGAUGGAGCCCGUCGUCACGACCGCGUUAGGCAAGACCAUCCCGCUGCGGCAGUACACCCUGCCGUACAUGUGGUCGCGGCUGCAGCGGGUGGCGGACUGGGAACGAAUCAAGGCGGCUGUUGAGUCGUUCAAUGCGACCAGCCCCUGGCGCAAACGGGGCGUGGCCAUGAUACCCACAAGGCGAGUCGGGGGAGCGGCUCAGGGGUACACUAUGUAUCGCGGCAAAAAGCCGGCCUACGUGAGCCUGCUCCAGGACGGUACGGUGCAGGUGGCUUGUCAUGGCGUGGAGAUGGGCCAGGGGCUGUGGACCAAGGUGGCGCAGGUGGCGGCUCUGACUCUGUCCGAGGUGCUGCCCCACUCUCGUCGGCCGCUGGACAUCAGCUUCAUCAGGAUCUGCGACAACAGCACCGAGCUGCUGCCACACAGCGGGGUGACCGGCGCGUCCACCACAAGCGAGAUUGCAUGUGCGGCUGUACGGCUGGCGUGUCUGCAGCUGCUCAAGAACCUUCGGGAGUUUGCCCUCCCCAAGAUGGCUGGAAGGGAGGACUUCGGGCUGCGGGCCCCCCUGUCUGCCUUCGCCUGGGGCGGUCAGUCCGACCUUCCGGAGAGCUCCAGGGGGGUUGCGGUCGGUCCCCUGGCCCCGCAGUACCACGUGAUGGGGGUGGCUCUGGGGGUGGUGGAGCUCUCCGCCUUUCACCCCACACACAUAAAACGCUUUCUUAAAACGUUCCUUCACCUCCGACAGGUGGAUAUCCUUACGGGUGAUCGUCGAGUGCUCCGCUCCGAUAUCAUGUUCGACCUGGGUCGCCCGGUCAACCCCGCCGUGGACCUGGGCCAGGUGGAGGGAGCGUUCGUACAGGGCUUGGGCAUGAUGCUGCAGGAAGAGGUCACGUACGACAGUACGACAGGCGCGCUCGUACAGAACAGCACCUGGAACUACAAGCCGCCGUCGGUGUCCUGUGUCCCGCAGCAACUCAAUGUGCACAUGCUGAAUGACGCACCGCUGGCGUCGGAGGGUCCAGUAAGCUCCAAGGCGUGUGGAGAGCCGCCCUUGCUACUGUCGGCGGUGGUCCUGGCAGCAUUACAGAGAGCCACUGCGGCCGCUCGGACGGCAACGAGCACCUCAGUAGGCAGCACCAGCAACGGCGGCGACGGGAGUGGCGCUGGCCAAGUGAUGAAGGGCAGUGGUGGUGGCAGCGCGCGAAGUGGGUUCGUUCCCCUGCUUGCCCCCGCCACCGUGGAGAGGGUUCGUGUGAUGUGCGGCAGGGAGGGAGCUGCGGAAAUCAUCAAGAGAAACCUAAGCAAUUGGUGA